AUGGGGAUGGAAAUCAAGACUGUAUUUUUCCCCAAUGUACAGGAUUCCCCGCCUCAGCGCGGCCGCGAGCUCCGGGGACGCGGGUUUGCGCUGCGCGUGAACCGGCGAUCGCACCCUCGUGACCGCGCUCGAGCAGCAAUGGCCGCCUCGAGUCGGCGACAUCCCAACCUCGACGACUGUGUCGGAUUAAACUGGAGCCGCUGGGCGGACAUGGUGGAUGUUUCCCCGCCGGACGCCGGGUCUAAUGCUGAAGACAACGGCAACUGUGGGAGGAACCCAUCUGAGACCAUGACCCUCAGGAAAGAAGACAUGCACAUAUAUGGCCGCUGCCCGGCACAUGAUGAUUUCUAUUUGGUGGUGUGCAGUCACUGUGGUCAGGUGGUGAAGCCUGGAGCGUUCGAGAAGCACUGUGAGCGGCGCCAUGGCCCGCUUACCAAAAUGCUUGGCCAGCCAUCGACUCUGUCUCCACUGCAGCGACCCCUUCCUGGCCAGCCUCCUUCAAAUCUUUUCCACCCUAGAGAAAAGCAGAAGGAUGGCAGUCUUCAUGAGGAUGGGGCCCCCUCCUCAGCAGCAUUACCUGUCCACCCGCACAGGCCUAGUAAGGCCCAGAGGGAGGCAGCAAGUUUGCCUUCAGUGGUAAAGUCCUCUCUCCCACAACACUCCCUGCCCAUGCCUCGUUCCAGGGUUCCUCCAUGUCACUCGGGACCCCUGCCCCCUGGCCUCUGUUCCCCCUCCCCUUCUAACUCGGAGAGGCCCUCUGAGCAGAAGUCCACAGCUGGACAGACCAGUGAGUCUCACACUCCUCUCCGAGGAACGAGAACCUACAGCCGGAUUUAUAAAAACGUAGACAAGAAAGAACGUGACCUGAAUAAACACUGCAAGAUCCUGGAUCCAGAGAGGAAGAUGCUGAGCAGCCGGGAGCUUAUAUGCAAUGCUAAUACAACGCCCCAGCAGCAGAAAGUGCAGGGAAGGACUAAGGCGUCUGAUCAGUUGUCUGUGGAGCAGAGAGAGAGAAUCCCCUCUGCAGGUCGAGACAUGGAGCCGCUUCUUGUCAAAUUAAAAGACAAAGAGCAACAUUCGGAAGCUUUUGAAGAGAAACUAACUCAGGGUAGCAGACACAACCUCGGCAGCAACUGCCACAUUCUCGGGUCCAAGGAUACAGAAGAAGAUUUUCCAGAAGAGGAAGGCGACCGCACUGUGGAAGUGGAGCCUCCCUAUGCCCUCAACCAGAGCCUGCUGUCAAGUGAGGGAAGUGAAGACGAUGAGCAGGAGGAAGCCACGGAUCUGCCGGCCUCACCAUGUCACCCCAAACCUCUCGGACUUUGCACUUUUGGAUGCCGUACAUUGGGUCGCAGCAUCCUCACCUUUGACCGCCGCUUGCAUCACCUGCGGUUUGCCCUCAACACCAUGCUGGAGCACCAUGUCAGCACACACAUGUGGAAGAAAAUGCCUCAAGUAUCACCAGAUCUCAGGUCUUGUCAUGUCACACCACCAGCUGUUAGAGCGACAGGGAAACCCUUCCAGUCCACGGGCUCCUUCAGCCUUGACUCUACCUCGAUCGGACAACUGGAAAACAAAACCACUCAGCACAACUCUCAGGGUACCAAACCGCCUUCUUCCGCCUCCUCCGUGAGCCUUGGGCCCGGCCGAUGGAGCAACCCUGUUGGACAACAAAGCAAGGUUCAGCAGAAGGAGGUGGUGCUUAUGCAAGAUGCAGCUACCCGGCUGCCACAGAGCAAUAAGGAAAAAUCCGCCAGAAACGUCAGGGAUCCCCCUCUCCAUGAGAAGGGUCAGCCACGCUCCCCUUCCUGUAAAGGACCAGCCAGUAGUAACUUCUCACAGGGAAAGAAGCCAUGUCCUCCUCUGCCACUGCAGCCCUCAGAGAGACACUUGUCAGCUUUGGAGAAGCGCUCGGCCUUACCUGCAAAAACAGACCGCUCCCCCCGCGGCAGAGGGAGGGCCUCAGGAAUUCAGCAGAAGGCGGUGGGUUUUGAUUGCAAUGGUCGUGGCCAAAAGCGCAAAGGAAGCAACGAGUCGCCGCCAUCCUCAGUAUCCAAAACCUCCAAGUGUAAGCGCUUGUCCUCUCCCUCCCGCUCUAGCCUCCUUGCCUGGAAGGGGGAGAAUAUCGGGGAUGUGCUUGCUUGGGGCCUGGACAAAACUUCCAACUCCUGAAGAGUCAGUGCACUCACCUGCUCUUCAUGCAGUAGACUGCAAACCAGUAGUGUUUUUAUGAUGAUGCAAAUCCAGCCCUGUAAGCCUCAAAAGACAUGUAUGUGUUAUAUUUGUCUUGGAUGUGCGUGCAUGAGUGUGUGUGUGUACACAUCUAUUUACGUUGUCACAUUUUUAUGCACAGAUGUCAGGAAUGAGUGUUUUUCUGCAAAUUACUGUUUAUUUUUGUAAAAUAAUGUUUUCUUGAAUGUUUUGGUUAAAAAUACCUCAGUAUUCUCAUGAUGCUGCUAAAGUGAAACGUUUCUUCACAGUGAACAAAUAAAAAAAACUUGAAUUCUU